AUGGACGCGCCUGGCGCGACUGAGGCAUCGGAGAAUGCCCCUCGAACCAACCCGGAACAGGGUUCGCCUGCGAGACCUUUAACCCACCAUAGACGCCCUCAUCGGCAACUUCACACCGAAGCCGACGAUGACGAUGAAGAUCAGAGCCAGAAGGAGACAGAGAGUGCUGCGGAGACGGGAUCAGAGCAUGAAGACGGGGAGGAUGAUGAGGACGAGGAUGAGGAUGAGCCGCAUCUCAAAUAUACAUAUUUGACUAAACAGCUGGGAGGCGUUUAUCGGAACGGAGAUGCAACAAGCACUUUCCUGGCGGCCGGGGACAAGAUGGUACUUGGAACGCAUAAUGGGAAUAUUCAUGUCUUCUCGGUACCUUUGUUUCGCGCUCUUCGUGUCUACCAUGCACAUUCCGCCACUGUCACGUCAAUAUCGAUAUCGCCAUUUCCUCCGCAAUUACCGAACAUAACGCAUGAAUUGGCUAGCAGAAUCGCCGAAGACCCAAGCACGACCACAAAGGCAUCCUCCAGCUCUGGGAGUAUUCGGGGCCAAUCCAAACAAACGCCACAGGUCGCUCUUCCCUCGACGCCAUCAAACUCAAUUUAUAUAGCCACGUCUUCAAUAGAUGGAAAUGUAUGUAUCGCAUCAUUACUGGAUAAAAAGGAUGUUCUGCUGCGAAACUUCGGUCGACCGGUCCAGGCUGUUGCGCUGUCGCCGGAAUACAAGAGCGAUCGAACAUUUGUCUCAGGUGGACGGGCCGGUGAAUUGGUUCUCACAACUGGAGGGAAAGUUGGCGUCAGCACAAACUCUACAACAAUGGGCGGCGCAGCUGCUACUGCCUCGAGCUGGUUGGGAACUUUUGGGCUUGCGGGCAAUGCUGGCAAGGAUACCGUUUUACACAGUGGCGAAGGUGCUAUCAGUACGAUAAAGUGGUCGCUAUCCGGAAAAUAUGUCGCCUGGGUCAAUGAAGAAGGCAUAAAAAUUAUGCGAUCAAAUUUGCACCUCGACUCAGCAGACUCAGAACUUGCGUGGAAGCGCGCUAGCCACACGGACCGUCCUAACCGUCAAGGAUGGGAGGAGAUGGCUGGUGUCUGGAAGGCUCGCGCUGAGUGGGUCAACGAAUCCCUGCUGGAGAGCGAGCAAUUGCCGAAUAAAACAGCAGAAGAAUCCCAGGAUGAAGCUUCAACACCGACACAGUCGACAAUAGUCAAAGAACGAUUGGAGAAACUAGUGGUCGGUUGGGGAGGCACUGUUUGGGUGAUACAUGUCUACCCUGACCGGCCUAAUAAGAGUAAUAAAGAUCAGAGGAUCGGCUCCGUUGAAGUUGCUACUAUAUUACGGACGGAUUGUAUAAUAUCUGGAAUUUCUUUAUAUUCUCCCACCGUUCUGGCUGUUCUUGGCUAUAUAGAAGCAGAAGAAGACCCAUCAGACGAGCAAAGCGACCAAAACGGUGGCCGAGUGGGCCGUCGUCGCCCACGCGGACAAGAGCCUGAACUUCGCGUAAUUGACAUGGAAAGCAAAGAAGAACUCAGUGCCGAUACUUUGUCUGUCAGCCGAUACGGAAGCCUAACAGCUUCGGACUACCACAUGUGUGUUUUACCGCCCUGGAAAAUGAACGUGCCUGUUUCACAACGAGGAGCAUUGGGUGCGCUUGGUACCGGCCUUUGGGAUGCUACGAUGUAUCCCGCACGGUUGUUUAGCUCCGCUGCGAGCAUGCGCAGUUCAACAAGUAGUGGGGAUAGAAACUCUAGCAGAGCACCGAGUACUUUUGCCUCACGACGACUGGCCCCCGACGAGCCUCUAGCUACGGAAGUGCAGGAGGUCACAGAGAGUACAGGACCGAAGAUCUUUGUACACAGCCCAUUUGACUGCGUGGUAGCUUUGAAGAGAGACCUUGCAGACCACCUCACAUGGCUUAAUGAACAUGAAAAAUAUGCCGAAGCUUGGAGGCUUCUUGAUGAGCACCCUGAAGCUGCUGGGUUCAUGAACGAGGCCGGUGACAAUAUCUCAAUUAUACCCGAAAGACCCCCUAGUCUUGGUGAUUUAUUCGGAGACGAUAGAUCCUCCAUUACAGCGACAGACCGUGGCAGUGUUAACGCGGCAUUACAAGAGAAGCGCCGCAUUGGUGAGUUGUGGAUAGAGCAACUUGCUAGGGAUGAUAGGUGGCAGGAGGCGGCUGAAGUAUGCCUAAAAGCGUUGGCAGCCACACCUAGAUGGGAGCACUGGGCAUGGACUUUUAUCCAAAAAGACAAGCUAGAUGAAAUUUCGUCUAUCAUUCCCGUUGAUAUACGCCCAUCUCUACCACCAAAGCUCUACGAAACUAUUCUUGAGCAUUAUCUCACACGAGACCGACAAAGAUUCAGUGGGCUCAUUGACUCUUGGCCUUUAGACCUGUUUGAUGUGCACAUUAUAACAACCGCCAUUGAAGAACAGCUCGAAUCUGAGAAGAUGACACCGGAGACGGAUGAUGGACGGAUAUUGAUAAGGUGUUUGGCCAAGUUAUAUCUGGCCGGCGGCCACUACAACGACGCCCUACAUUGCUAUAUCCGGCUAAAAGAUGCCGAUACGGCGAUGGCGCUGGUCAAGGACCAUCAUCUCCUUGAUGCACUCUCCGAUGAUAUACCCGCAUUCAUCAUGAUUCGAGUCUCAAAGGAGCAGAUGAAAUCAGCACCCAUUUCAGAACUCGCAGACAUUACAGCCGAGCCCAUUAAACUGCUCGUCAGCGAAUCGUACACGGGAAUCGUACCUCCGGACACUGUUAUCAAGCAGCUGCAGGCAGCUGACAGGCCUUUAUUUACCUUUUUCUAUCUGCGGGCUCUUUGGCGAGGGGAGUCGCUUUCCCGCGAGGCUGAGAAACCCCGUCGAGGGCGCCACAGGCAGGAUGCAGCAACCAAAUUAGCAGCUGAUGAGGGCAAGAACGUCGUGGAACAAUUUGCCGAUACAGCAGCAGACCUCUUUGCGCAGUAUGAUCGUCCGUUACUUAUGGAACUUUUGCAAACCAGCACGGCAUAUUCAUUCGAUACUGCCGUGGCUAUCUGCGAGCAGUACCGUUUCACCCCCGAGCUCAUCUACCUGUUAUCAAAGAUGGGGCAAACCAAGAGAGCACUUAACCUAAUUCUCUCUGAUUUGAAAGAUGUGUCACAAGCUAUUGCGUUUGCGAAAUCUCAGGAUGACCCAGAUCUCUGGGAGGACCUAGUAGACUAUUCCAUGGACAAGCCCCGUUUCAUUCACGGUCUGCUAGUCGAAGCUGGGACGUCUAUCGACCCUAUCAAACUUGUCCGACGAAUCCCUAGUGGGCUCGAAAUUGAAGGCCUACGAGAGGGGCUUACUGGCCUGCUUCGGGAACACGACCUUCAAGCAAGUAUCAGUCAAGGAGCUGCUAAGGUCCUGCAAAGCGAGGUGGCGGUUGGGAUGAAUGCCCUCCGUAGCGGCCAACGUCGGGGGAUUAAAUUCAACAUUGUCGAAGAAUCUCCAAAGUCGGAAGACACCAGCGCAUCUCCAGAGCAGCAGCUUGGUGAGGCAAAGAGUGAAACUGACUCGGAGAAAACACCAACACCGCUGCCGAUGCCAUCUACGCGGCAAGCCGGAAGAUGCGCAGGCUGUCAUCGCUCAUUCCACGCUAACGAGAAAGAAAUACUCGUCGCUUUCGCCUGCGGCCAUGCUUUCCAUCUGUCGCAUGUUCAUCAAUCCCAACCUUCGUCCCCGAUGGAUACGCCUAGAACCCAGUCGGGAGCCCAGACUCCUCGCGCAUUCCCAUCCUCGCGCACGCAACCCCUAGAUGAACCGUCAACAACAUCCCGGACUGUCGGUCCAAAGGUGACAACUGCCCGUCUUCUGCGGGAUAGAAUUGGCGAGGGUUGCCGGAUAUGUGCCUCGGCCAAGGAACUGGAAGCUGUUGGAGAACCAGAGAGCUAA